UUGAAUUUUCUCAAUCUCAUAGGUUAACCACAUACUCCGUAUCGGUUAGCCGAGGCACACGAUAUCGUAUUAGCGUUUCCAUCUCUUGGACUCUUCAGUCUUCGCUCACUCUUGGACUCUUGGUUGUUUAUCCGGUGUCAUAAAAGCAACAAUAGCGCCAAUUACCUCACCAUUUUCAAAUUUGAAACCAUUUCACUCAAAAACUCAAACACACACCUUUGAAACUUUGAGUUUGAUGGCCUCACUUCCAGUGGACGACAGAGACCUCGACGACGCCGCAUUGUGGGCAGUCAUCGACUCCGCUGCCGCGGCUUCUUACUCUUCCUCCUCUCCCACCACCACCGCCACCACCGUUUUCCGUAAACCAUCAUCAACUCUAAAUCACACUCCCAAUUUCAAAUCUCCACCCAAACCUCGAUUCAUCAACAACCCUAAUUCUCCUCCAUCUAUCUCCACAUCUCCCCCAAAUUACGCCAUUAAUGGUUCAAUUAGGGUUUCUUCCGAUGAUGAUCAUCGCCAUUUUCGUCGCCCGCAAAAGAUGUCGAGAAUUUCCUCCCCUUGUGUUUCUGAGAUUAGUGAGAGUAGCCCUGAUUUGAUACUUGUUAAGCAUUUUCCGGUUAAUCAUCAGUUUUUUUCUUCGCCCAAGCAGCAGAUUUCUCCGCAAGUUGAGUAUAGAGUUUGCGAAGAUAAGGAGAAUUUUUCGCAUUGUUUGAGUGGUCGUUUUCCUACUGUUUCUCUCUUUAAGGAUUAUCAAGAUGCUGCUAUGUCGGUUCUUGAGAAGUCAGAUUAUACUAUUAUAUCCGGAAGUCCUUUUAUCAAAAAGUCAGGUUGGAGGAAGAUAGCAUUUUACUUUAAUGUCUCAUUCGAAAUAAGAGAUAAGAACAUUGAAUUUGACGAGAAUCGUAAUGUUCAGCGUGCUGAAUUUGUAGUUCGUGCUUAUAUGCAGGGAGGUAGGUUUUCUGAUGGGUGGGGUUCCUGUGAACGGCGGGAGAAGAAAUUUAUGAAACCCAAUAAUGACAUACCUAGUACUGCAGAAACCAGAGCAAAAAAUAAGGCUUGCCAGGACCUGAUAGGAAUUGGGCAAUAUCGGCCUGGUAAGCCAUAGCCGUUCUCCCAACCUAUUGUGGGGGCAUUCCUUAACUAAAUAUGUUGCCCACCCCGGAACUGAAACAGUAUUAAAGAAACUCUGUUGUACUGAUUCAAGUGUAAAAGAAACAACCCAAACGAAAGUUCAUCAGUAAGAAGCAUAUGGUGCUUCUUGCCUUUUGUUAUAGUACAGUGGGCUUAUAUGUUGAACAAAACAUUCCAGGACAAUGGCUUCUUGCGGGUAGUCAUCAUAAAUACAGUAUAAGAUAGUCCCUUGGAAAGCAGGCAUAAGAGUUGCUCUGUAUCAACUAUUCAGAGUAAUUUUGUACAAGUCUCUUGGCUUUGAAGUAGUUUUCGAGCUGGUAGAUGAGCAGGCUUAUUUUUAUUUUUUUUUAUACAUAAAGUGUAAUUCCAUGUAAAAAUGGUGUUCAUAUAAAUUACUAUGCAAGUGUUACUUAUUUGCUUCCUCAGCAUACCCUCUUGUUAUUAUUGUUUUUAUGUCCAUACAUUUAUUUACCUUUAUUCCUUGUCCAAAAAAAAUAAAAAUAAAAAAUAAAAUAAAAUAAAAUAAAAACCAAAGAGCUCAUGUAAUAUAAAGUCUUAAGAUAAAAUACUGACAAAUUUGCUGUUAUAUUCAAUUAUUGUUAUUAGACUUUCAAAAAAACUCUUUUGAGCUAAUUUAUCAUAUCAUAUCACCUCCCUUUAGAUUUUGGAAUUUGGACAAUCCCACCAGCUAACAUCUCUUUUUUUUUGUCGUGGAAAACAUGGAGUCCUCUUUAACAUUUUCCUCCACUUGCUUCUAACAAUUGACUAAGAGUAUCAAUAAUACAAACUCAUUAUUGAUAGACAA